CACCGCGACGAUCUGGCAACGCCGCAUAUUUUUCGAGACGCAGAACGCAAGAUAUUUCUUAUCUCUCGUAAAAAAAAUGGAUUAUUUCGUUUCGAUCGGUGCGUAUCUGGGAAAAUCGCAUGCUCGUUGGCAGUAGAGAAGGCCACGCACUUUCCACGCCCCACGCCCAGCGCCCCCCGCCCGAGGGGAAAAUGGGAAAGCAACAUUAUCUGGCAUCCGUAUCUUCGUCCGUCGCAGCCGUCGAAAUGUUCGUCGCGCCAGUUAUCGACUCGGCAAUCUCCAUCUCCUAAAGCACACACACUCAAUCGCACGCAGCCCAGCACACAGGCACGCACACACCUACGUAACCUGCCAGCGGAAGAGCCCCUAAUCUUGGCCAGAAACCACAGCAGCAACAACAACAGCGAAGGAGCAGCAGCAGCAGCAGGCGGAGGGAAACGGAGGCGCCGCUAGCACUAGCACCUAACAUGUCCGAGAAGCACGGCCAGCUGGGUGCGCAGUGGACGAAAUCAGCGGCGCCAGCAGCAUCAGCACAAGCCUCCAAUUCCAUCCCCAUAAAUCUACCUAUUCCCGUAGCGCUUCCCCUCCAGAAACCCAAUGUCAAUUCCUAUGUCAACUGCAGCCUGCAGCCAACUGAUAUAGUCUACAAUGCAAACCGAUUUCAAGGACCUGCUAUCCAUGCCAAGGGCUCACCCUUGACCAUUACGCCCGUGGGCCCUGGCGGAGGAGCUCCUGCCGCCGCCCAGAUCUCGCCCACGAGCCACACCCAUGUACCUGUACCUGUAGCCACGCCCAGCGGCUUUGUGCCGCCUCCGUUUCCCAAUGCCGCCGGCGGCAGUGGUCCUCUCUCCACUUCCGUGCUCACUCCGAACCCCUUUGCAACGGCAGCUGGAAAUGCUGCUGCCGGACUCGCCUUCGCCAAUGCCUUCAACUUUAACACGGCCCAGCAACUGGGUCUGGGCAAGAUCAUGCACGCCAUGGGCGGAGCCACGGGAGGAGUGUCAACGGUAUCAGUACCAGUGACCACAAGUGCAGCAGCAGCUGCUCCUACGGCUCCCACAAUAGCUGGCCAACGGCAUCCCAAUGAGGGCGUGCCUGCGGCCAGUGGAGUGAUCAAUUCCACCAUUGCUGAGAAUGUGAUGAAUGCUUUGGGAAGCUCCAACUCAGCGGGAGCUGCAGUGCCCAGUGACGAGAAGAUGCGAAGAGUGCAGCAAGUGAUUGAGGCCAGCUUGGACGACAAUGCCAAGCUGCAGAUCUCGCAGAUCCUUGAGCGUGUCUCCGGAUUAAAGCCCAUUGAGAAGCUAUUCCUUUAUCUUCGAUUGCCUGGCGAGUGUGCGGACACAGAUCCGUUGCGGCAGCCACAGAACCCGCUGGGAACACGCUCGGAGAUUAAUCACACCAUCAAUUGGGUGCGUUCCCAUCUGGAGCACGAUGCGCAGGUGUCCAUACCCAAGCAGGAUGUGUACAACGAUUACAUAGUUUAUUGCGAACGCCUCAGCAUCAAACCGCUUUCCACGGCAGAUUUCGGAAAGGUGAUGAAGCAAGUCUUUCCGGGCGUGCGUCCUCGGAGACUCGGAACGCGGGGCAACUCCCGCUACUGCUAUGCGGCCAUGCGGAAGACCACCAAGCUGACGCCCCCACAGCUCCCUCAGCUGUGCAAGACGGAGCAGAUCUUAGGGGGCGAUAGCGCUGCCGAUUCCAGUCAGCCGCCCAACGCCUCCAGCUUAGGCGGACUACCGUCGACGGGAGGCGAUUCUGAAUGUUGGGAUGUGGUGCGCAGCUGGGCAGAAAAGUUGCUAAACACUAAGCUAGAAAGCGUGGCGGAUCUAAGCGCUCGCAUCAGAAGCAACAAUGCAACAGUUUCGUCAAAAAAAUACACACCCCGUGAACCCAAGGAAAAAAGGGUUUUGGCUGACAUUGGCCCCCUGAAGAAGCGACGCAAAAAGAAACGCAAGGGCUCCACAUCCUCGGAAUCCAGCUGCAAUCAAUUAGUUACUGGUCAGGACGCGGGUAGCAGCCAGGAGGCCAGUGACGAACAGCUAAUGAAGAUUAAGCAGGAGAUCAUAGACUCACCCAUUCAGCUCCAACAAACACCUAUAGGCUACCUGCAACAGGUUACGCCAAUGAACCUGGCCCCAGACCAGAGAAGCAGCAGCGCUGUGCGCAACCUCACGCCGAAAAUCUUGGAUAUGGGCUCUCCGGCCAUAGUGCUCACGCAGCAGGAGGCCUCUCCCACGGGUAUAGUGAUCAAGGACGAGGUAGAGGACUACACCUCUAACAUUUUUUGCAAGAAGGUCUUGAAGGCGCAGCAGACAAAAGGGUUCUGGGUUAACUCGCCAAGCAGCGGGUCAACGGGCGGUGGUGGUCUAUUGGUUCCUCCAACAAUCACUACCACCUCGGCCACACCCCCGCCGCCGAGCUCUGGUAAUUCCCCAGUUCCAGGUCCCGGACUUUCCAUGGGUCCACCCUCGCAGAUGAUGAACGCCAGUUCGGUGAGCCCGUCAAGUAGCGUGGACACCACUCCCAAAGUAGCCUCCCGAAACCAAAUGAUGAUCCUGAGGGCCAAGCGUUUGAUGGCAGCGGAAAAUGCCGCCCUGGCAGCGGCCACCGAAGACUCCGGACUGCCCGAAAAUCUGGGAUUGCCCAGAGAGCGAGUGAUCAGCAUAUGUAACAUGGAUAAGCAUGAACUGGAUGACUACUUUCUGCCUGGCGAGGAUGAAGAGAACUCCGAGGAGCCCGACAACGAGCUGCUCCAAUAUUUUCAGAUGGGAGACGCUGAGGAAAAACAACUGAAUUCCUUGGAUGCUGCCGAACAGAAUAGGAAUCCACAAGAGCCAACGACGAUGGGCUCUGCGCCGGAGGCGAUGCCUGCUCCCGGACGCGGAGCAGCUGUCGUCGCCGCUGCAGCAGCGAUGCUGGCGCCGGUGCCAGCGCCUUCGAUGCCGCACGGACAGGCUGCAGUGGGUUCUGCCUCAGCGUCUCUGGCCCAAAUGUCAAAAAAGCAUCAACAGCAGCAACAGAACCUGCACCAGCAAUUGCAGCGUUCCAAGCAGCUGCCGAUUAUCAGCAACAACAAGAGAAAAAUUAGCCUGAGCAACGCCUCCAGCAACGGUAGCAACAAGAACUGCAUUUUCCUGCCCAUUUCACCAAAUACCAAUGGAUCAGCGGCGACAGCGGCAGCCACAGGAAUGGCCAAUCCCAGUCAAAACUGCUUUGCCAGUCCGGGAUUGACUAGGAUGAGGCAAAGACCCAACUUGUUGAGCAAACAGCAAUCGCUAGACUGCGACAACCGUGAUCCCAUGAUUGGUGCUCAUCGCAAAGGUCGAGGCUAUGUGUACAGCUAUCCGACAAGCACGUCUGCUUCCGCUCCACCGAGUCCAUCGCUUCUACAGCAAUGGGUAGGUGGAAACUGGUCAUUGGGAGGCGGAAAUACGUCCAGCUUUGCGGACAGCAGCCACAGUGCCGAUCCGCUGGUCAACCAAAAUUCAAUGGAUCUGGAGACGAGUCUGGCGCUCACGGGAGCAAAUGACCUGGAUACGUCAGAAAUGCAACGCUCUCAAUCAGUGCCGUUGUCUCAGUUGCAGCGAAGGACCAGCCAACAGUCACCUAGUUUAAAUUUUUAUUCGGAGAACAGCAACAGUCAGCAGUCUGCGCCGCUUAACGAAGCCGGAUUGCUUUACGAGGAGGUGGGCGUGGGUUCUCUGCUCUCGCCCAAUUUCAACAGAAAGUUCAAUAGCAUGACGCAACAGACGGCCACCACGUGCAGCUCCUCGGCGGGUUCAUCAUCCGGCUACAGCAGCGGCGGCUCUGCAGGAAUAGUUUCGCGAUCGGUGCCCUCAACUCCGCUACCUCACCAGCAGCAAAAUAGCCUCGCAUGCCUAAAUGGAAGUGCAGGUACAUCAGCUAGUGGAGGAGGUGUCUUAGGAAUUGGAAAUGGAGGCAGUUCCGGAGCUGGAAAUGGGUUUUUCGCCAUCUCGGACACGUUUAACUGGGAAGGAUCUACGGGCAAUAGUAGUCAGUUGGGCUAUGGCGCACAUUCUUACAGUGCCCGCAAUCCACUAGACAUAUCCAAGUCCAUGCCAACGACGCCGAUUGCAACACAACGUUUCCGCUACAGUCCUGCAGAAGUACACCGCGAUUAUCUUAUAAAUGGCAACACCAUCGAUAGCUUACCUUCAUCCGCCUUUGCUGCGGGAGGUGCUACGGAUCCUACAUUGGUUCUGAGUGCGGACACCCUUAUCGAUGACAGUGCGCCAAGCAGUGCCGAUGUGGUCGAGGCGAUGAUCGGUGUCACAGGCAUACUCGACGACUUUUAGAAUUUGCAUGAAGAGAAAGCUCAGGAGAUCAAAAUAUCAGAACGGCAGGACCCGGAUGAGGCGGAGGAGGACGUAGUCCAGUCCGCUGCAAAGGAGGACGCCAAUGUGGUGGCCUGUCUGCUGCAGCAUGUGGACCAAUUAUAGAACAUCCCAUCUUCCGCUUGCUGCCGUACUGAUGUCUCGUUAAUUUGUUUGUGUGUUAUCUAUUAAGUUCUUUAUUAUUGUUCUUGUUCCAUGUAUAUAGGAUUUCAGUUUUGAACACAAUUUUAGGUGGUAUUGCCUAAUUAACAUACAGAAUUCAAUUUAAUUCUAAAAGAAAAGAUAAGACAAAUAUCUGGUAGCGAAAAGACACGGCUUUAAAAAACGUGUAUCAACUGAUAUUCGAUAUGAUUUAAGGACUGGAACAUGAACAUGUAAAAAUCCUCCACACAUGAGCUUUCUCUUCGUGCCACUCGCUAGCUAAGUAAAAUCCAACAAAAUCCUAUCUUCCCUCUGUCUAAACUAAUCAACAGCUUAACUGUGCCUCUAAUUGGUUUCAAGAAGUGUCCAACAGCAUUAGAGGUUUACGCUUGAGCCGACUUCUGUAGUCUAACAUUACCCUCAGGCCCUCGUUGUAUGUAUGCAACUUGCAUAUUGUUAUAAUUACUAAACAUUAACAUUAACACACAGAUGACGAUGGUGGGUGCCCUUGCUGUAUGUAGUUACAUAGUUUUAUUGUUGAACAACAUUACAAAUGAAACGAACUUAAAGUCUGAAUGAAGGAAACGUGUGCAGCGGUUUUAAAAACGAAACAAAUUUACAAAAUGUAACUGUAAACGAAUGUACAUCUAGAACUAUAGAACUAAACCUCGGCGCUCGACGAGUUUGUCUUCCUGCGACCCUCGACUGUACAUAUAUAAGUAUAUAUAUAUAUAUAUUUCUAGAGGGAUUUCCACACGGAUUUUAUAGAGGGUCGCAGCGAACCAGUCUCAGUUCAAAAUUGUCAAAUUUAAUAGUGUGUUUGUAUGGUGUCGUAAGGUAUCAAGAAUAACGAGCUUCGUCAAUUGUUCAUCCACUUACUGGCCUCGUGGGCGUGGUCCUUCGAUUUUACUAACCCAAUCCCGAUCUGCAUAUUCUAUUUGUUACACUAUAUCUAUCUUUAUCUGUCUAUUUUUAACGCUCUUAAUUCUUCUACUAGUUGUAAGUGUUUGUUUGUUAUAUCUGUUUAUUAUUUUUGUUUAGUUCACGCUUGGUCGGUCCGAUCUGCGUAAGUUACUUUAGAUUUGCUAUCAUUGGAUUUUGUACGAUGUCUGCAAUUCAAAUUUUCUAAUACCUGAAUUUCUAGUUGUAAUGUCGUUUCUUGUGCCCAGUUUAUCAGAUUUUUUAGUUUCUUUCUAGCGAUUUGAACAAAGUUUAGCUUUAAACACUUCUUAUUAAUAAUUCACAUUGCAAAUGAAUGUUAGUUUGUUUGUAAAACAAAGUAAAACACAAGCCCCGAACCUAUUUUCGUUCUAAAACAAAUGAUUCCGCUCCCGAAAGCAGAACAUGUUUUUAAAAAAUGUAAAGAACAUAAAUCAUAAAUGUGCCUCAGGCUUUAUUGUAAAACAAAUAUAUACCAUAACGAAAAAUAUUCAUACAAACAUACAAAAUGCAUAAAAAACAAAAAUGUGAAAACAAAGAAAAAGUUAGCUACGUAUACACACAUAAAUAGAUUAAUAGAACGUUAUACGAGUAUAAUUAAAUAUACACUCAUUUACAACAAGCAAGGAUAGGGAAUCAAAUGAAUUUGUUAGAACACCAGAUUCAACCAGUAAUUCAUAUAUAGUCAACAAGAAAUGAUUCAAUAACCAGAACUGCACCCAUAGCCUAAAGAAAACAUUGUCAGCUAAAUUCUAAAAUAAUAAGCAAAGAAAUUUAACGAUUAUUUAUUUUUAAGCAGCGCCACUUACCCCGCAGUACGCUUUGAACAACAAACCACAAUAUACGAGUAAACAAUAGCAAUAGCCCUAAGUAUGGUAAAUAAAUUAAACAUAUUGUCAACGGGAACACUUUAGAUGAGAUAUAUGCAAUUAUACAGAAACAAUGCAUUAAAGUUAAACGAACCAAAACUGUACUUUUUUAUAAGAUAUUUGAAUGACAUAAAAUACAGAUAACAGAAACGAAAAAUAAGC